AUGGACGGGAUCACUCUUAUUUCUCUUCUCAUCCUCUGGGCAGCCACACAGCAAGGAAGGGGAAAUGAAAUUACAGAAAAAGGCCUCUCUUUGCUAGGGUACCAUCUGUGCAACUAUAACCUGACCAAAAAUGUGUUUAGAAUGGUUGCCUACCAAAAGUCCUAUGAGAAAAGCACUUCCUGUGGAGGAUGGAUACCCUGGAUGGUGUGUCCCCGGACGUACUAUAAAAUGCAGUAUCGUACUGUUGAAGUUCCGGAAACCAUCACUCUUACCGAUUGCUGUGAAGGAUAUGAACAAGUUGGACUCUACUGCUCUUUAGCACUCAAUAGAUCCAGUGUAUUUUCCUCAAGACCUGGUAUUUGUCCAAUGGAGAAUAUGGAAACAUCUGAUUAUCCUUGCACAUUCGAUACUGAAUGUCCAGGGCUUAAAAAAUGCUGCAACUCAUCCAAAGGAGCAAGCUGUGUGGAUCCAAUGCCAGAGGGAAGAAAAUUCUGGUACAACGUGACAGUAGUUGUGAAAAUGGAUUUUAAUGAAUUAGUCAGAAUGGAUUCCCACCUUCUGAAUCAUUCACGCCUUUUGCACUCCAUGGUUACUGGUGCAUUACAGCCCUUGAAUGCAUCUGUGCACCAUAUCCAGAGUAACCGUGCAGGUGUCUAUGCUGGGACAGUGACCUCCCAGGUUCUUGUUGGACUGCACCAGCCAGUUCUGCUACUGGAGGUUUCUUCUUCCUUGAAGGACAUUGUGAAGCGUGUAUAUGAAGUGAUUGAUACAGAAGUGCAAGAUGUCAAUGAAUGUUCCUAUGCUGAAUUCAACACUUGUCCUGAGAAAAGCAUCUGUGUAAAUCUGGAGGGUUACUACAGCUGCGACCCUCAGCAUGAAAAUGCAGAUAUCACUCCUCACCAGCUGAGCCAAAGAAAGGAAGGUCUGGCAUCAUCUACUACAUCAAGUUCAGCAUUGGAUCUCAUUAACAUUAGUAAUAGCUCUCUGUCUAUAAGUAAUUCAAGUCUCUUGUCCAUGACUAGCCAAUCUACAGAUGCUGGGUGCUAUCCUUCUGCAUUUAGAAACCACCAAAUCUUUAGUGUUACCAGUGACAGUUUUGAAAUGUCCUGGCAUGUCACUUCUACUCUGAACCAUACUUUCCAAGUCCAAGUGUUCAAGGGCAAAGAGAUUGUACAAAACCUGAAGACGGAGGAAAUGAAAGUGGAUGUGUGUCAACUGGAAGCAGGAGUGAUGUAUUCGGUAGAGAUCAGCUAUGAGACCUGUGGAAACACCAGAAUCUCCCGUCAAAAUGUUAAAACAGAGGCCAAGAUAUUUGGUGUUACUAUGAGGAUUCUCAACUACAAUUUCAGUGAUGAUUUCCACAAUGCCAGCAGCUCAGCAUAUAAAGAAUUUUCAAAACUGUUGCUUACGGAGCUUGAAAAUUCAUUUCCACCCAACAUUUCUACUUUAUACAAAUCUGGGAAGCUAAAAGUGCAGACUGAAUCCCUGCAAGCUGGAAGCAUCCUUGUGAGUCUCAGAAUAACUGUGCAGGAUCCCGAGUUUCCAGUCGAUGUCUCCACAUUUGCCCCAAUGCUUUCUUACCUUUACAAUGGCUCUGUGCUCAUGGUAGAUCAGCAAAACACUGCAGUAGAAGAUUGGGAUGAAUGUGCUUCUCACGCUGAGAAUGACUGCUCUGUGUUUGCAGAGUGCACCAAUUUGGUGGGGUCAUACCUGUGCAGAUGCAAGACAACCAUGGAUACCAAUCCGUCUCGACCUGGAAGAAAUUGUGAGGGUGAGAUUGUGGACCUUCUCGCUGAAACGAUGGCUCCUGAAGGAACAAACAGCACCAAGUUUGCUCCUGAAGAAGUGAGCCUUACAGAUCCUGCUUCCCUUGUCACCACUGAGAUGAUGGCUGCCAUAGGCUCUGAGAUGAGCACUGCCAUACACCUCCCUCCCGCACUGCCCCUGGGUGACAAAAAAGUGCCCCGUGGUCAUUUUCCCACCAAUGCUCCUCUGGCCCUUUGGGACGAAAGCCCAGCACCGCAGAUGGGCUUCAGCAGGGACAACAGCCCCACGGCCAUGGAGGUCGCAGCUGGCAAGGAACUGUCUGUGAGCUCGGCGUGGCACAUGGCUGUAAGCCCAUCACGGCAAAGCUCUGUGGCAGAGGUUUCCCUAGGGGCAUCACAGCGAGAUGCUGCUCUCACAAACGCUCCCUCAGGCAGAGCUGGGCAAGACCAACUCAGUUUGCCAUUGCUGGUGUUUCCAAAUGAAACAGCCUUUACUACCACCAGAGGCCACACAGCUUUUGGUGUACCUCAAGGCAACUCUCAUGAUGGCCCUGGUACUGCUCUGCCAGCCACAGGGGAUGCUGAUGUUCCGACCCUCAACACCACUGUUGGAGCACAGGUAGAGAUGGGAAGAGAGAACCGUUCUUGGUCUGAGAAAACCCUGGAGUCACCAGUUCUGCCAGGUGCUUCCCCAGCUCCCAGCCCAAUGGCAGGCCCAGCCAUGGAUCGCACUGUACAGAAACUUAGUGGCACGGUACGGAUAACAAACGUGAAAUACUCUCCGGGCUUUAGCAACACAAGCAGCAAGGAAUACCAAACCUUUGCACGGCUCUUUGUUGAUGAAGUACGUCGAUCUACGCCCCUUGAGAUUCGUCAGCAAAUGGAUGCUGGUCUGAUUAAAGUGUUGAUAACGGGUAUUACUAGUGGGAGUAUAGUGGUUAAUUUCCAUUUACUGAUUGCAGAAGAUGUUGAUAUCUACUACAUCAUCACCACUUUUCAUGAUGUCUUUGAACACAGCUCCUAUUUCACAGUUGCCAAGAGCAAUCUUUCCAUAAAUGAUUACGAUGAGUGCAAAAGUGAAGAAGAUGACUGCUCCCCGGAUGCAUCAUGUCACAACACACUGGGGUUCUACCAGUGCAGCUGCAAUGAAGGAUUUGCUGACAAGCAUCCAGAAAUGCCUGGAAGAAGCUGUGAAGCAUUUCCUAUCAACCAGAACCUAACACUGACGGAUAAGAAACCUGUACACAGCACGCUUUUACCUGUGACACCUUUGCAAACUUCAGCUCAUGUUUCUUCCCCUGCUUCACUGAGCUUCUCUACUACUGAGCACAAGGCUCUGGAGGACACCACGUUCUCCAGUGUGGUGCUGCCUUCUCUCACCACCGUUCCUGUGUCAACUCCCAAAGUUUCUCCUCAAUCGUCUCCUGUCCCCCUCUUUAAACCUGCCCAGGAAGUUUCCAUUAAAGAUGCAGUGACAGUGUUUUGUGAAAUUGAGAAGAUCAUCCUUGCUGUCCAGAAGAGCUUUUUACAGCGGGAAUCCAUCCCAGAAACCUCCCUGUACCUGGGAGAGCCUCACUGCAAUGUGAGCAUCAGUAACGGGACUCACGUAGUGCUGGAGGCAGGCUGGAGCGACUGUGGCACUGAGGUUGAGACUAAUAUGACUAAUACUGUAGUGAAAACCAUCCUUCGGAAUGAUGUUUCUGCUCAGGAUAUAAUCCACCACUUAAAAGUUGCCAGUCCCAUUCACUGUGUGUUUCAAAACGAUCUCUUGACUUCCUCUGGAUACACUGCAGAAGGACUUUACACCAUCUUUGAGGAUUUGCACGGAUCUGGACGCUUCAGAACAGAAAUGCAGUUGUUUAUUGGAAACUCCCCAAUACCAAAAAAUUUCAGUGUCUCUGCCAGUGACGAUGUACUGAUUGAAGUGGGGAUCCAGAGAGCAGACAGCAAGCUCAAGGUGGUCCUCACUGACUGCUGGGCAACUCCAACUAACAAUUCAGUGGACCCCCUCUCAUUUGCUUUUAUCAGCAACAGCUGUCCCAUCCCAAAUACAUAUACCACACUGCUAGAGAAUGGGAAUUCAAGCAAAGCACAGUUUAAGAUGAAAAUUUUUUCCUUUGUCAACAAUUCUGUGGUUUACUUACACUGCAAAAUUCGUAUUUGCAUGGAGACGCCAGGAAGCACCUGCAGGACGAGAUGCCACAUGUUUCGAUCCCUGAAGACUGGUGAAACCAUCGCUACACACCGAACGUCCUGGGGACCGCUGUGUAAAUCAGCUG